CGUCUGCCCGGGAGGAUGCCGGCCGACCCGCCGUCCUUGUGUUCCAGGGAAACCUCCGCCAGCAUGGGAUUGGCCGGGGGGCAGAGCUGCUCCUUCGCGGGGAUGCUGACAGUCAGCCUGCUCCUCUUCACUGUCUCCCCUGGGGCCGGGACCACAGGGGCGGCCGAGUGCCCCGACCGGAGCCCCGGGCUGCAGCCCUGGAGCCCGGGCCACGACCGGGACCACCGUGUGUCCAUCGGCCAGGGCAGCGCACUCCUGCUGACCUCGUCUGCCACCGUCCACUCCAUCCACAUCUCCGACGGAGGAAAGCUAGUCAUUAAAGACCACGAGGAGACCAUUGUUCUGCGUGCCCGGCACAUCCUGAUUGACAGUGGAGGAGAACUGCAUGCUGGGAGUGCCCUCUGCCCUUUCCAGGGCAAUUUCAGCAUCAUUUUGUAUGGCAGGGCUGACGAAGGCAUGCAGCCGGACCCCUACUUCGGGCUGAAGUACAUCGGAGUUGGCCAGGGAGGCACCCUGGAGCUGCACGGCCAGAAGAAGCUCUCCUGGACGUUUCUGAACAAGACCCUCCACCCGGGCGGCAUGCAGGACGGAGGCUAUUUUUUUGAGAGGAGCUGGGGCCACCGCGGGGUCAUCGUUCACGUCAUCAACCCCAGGUCGGGGGCAGUCAUCCACUGUGACCGGUUCGACACCUACUCGCUCAAGAAGGAGAGUGAGCGUCUGGUGCAGUACUUGAACUCGGUGCCCAACGGCAUGAUCCUGUCCGUCGCGGUGAACGACGAAGGGUCCCGGAACCUGGACGACUCGGCCCGGAAGGUGAUGACCAAACUGGGCAGCAAACACUUCCUGCACCUCGGAUUCAGACACCCGUGGAGCUUCGUGACGGUGAAGGGAGACCCCGCCGCCUCCGUGGAAGACCACACGGAGUACCACGCAGGUCACCGCGGCUCGGUCGCUGCCCGGGUGUCCAGGCUGUUCCGGUCGGAGCACGGCGAAUACUUCAACGUGUCCUCGUCCAGCGAGUGGGUUCAGGACGUGGAGUGGACAGAGUGGAUCGACCACGACAGGGUGUCGCACACGAAAGGUGGGGAGAAGAUUUCCGACCUCCGGGCGGCUCACCCGGGGAAGAUCUGCAGCCGCCCCCUUGACAUACAGGCCACGACAGUUGACGGGGCAAACCUCAGCACAGAGGUCGUCUACAAGAGAGGCCAGGAUUAUAGGUUUGUGUGCUACGCCCGGGGCCACGCCUGCCAGAGGUACCGAGUGCGGUUCCUGUGUGGGAGGCCCGCGAGGCCCAAACUCACGGUCACCGUCGACACCAACGUCAACAGCACCGUCCUGACCCUGGAGGACAACGUGCAGUCGUGGGGGCCCGGGGACACCCUGGUCGUUGCCAGUACGGACUACUCCAUGUACCAGGUGGAAGAGUUCCGGGUGCUCCCCUGCAGAGCCUGUGCCCCCAACCAGGUCCGAGUGGCAGGGAAGCCCGUGUACCUGCACAUUGGGGAGGAGAUCGACGGCGUGGACAUGCGGGCCGAGGUGGGGCUCCUGACCCGGAACAUCGUGAUCAUGGGGGCGAUGGAGGACGCCUGCUACCCCUACAGCAACCACAUCUGCGACUUCUUUGACUUCGAUACCUUCGGGGGCCACAUCAAGUUUGCGCUGGGCUUUAAGGCGGCACAUCUGGAGGGUGUGGAGCUGAAGCACAUGGGGCAGCAGCUGGUGGGCCAGUACCCGAUUCACUUCCACCUGGCUGGCGACGUGGAUGAGCAGGGCGGCUACCACCCGCCCACCUACGUCCGGGACCUGUCCAUCCACCACACCUUCUCCCGCUGUGUCACCGUCCACGGCUCCAAUGGCCUGUUGGUCAAGGACGUGGUGGGCUACAACUCUCUGGGCCACUGCUUCUUCACCGAGGACGGGCCGGAGGAGCGCAACACCUUUGACCACUGCCUCGGCCUCCUGGUCAAGUCCGGGACGCUCCUGCCCUCUGACCGAGACAGCAGGAUGUGCAAGACGAUCACAGAGGACUCGUACCCGGGCUACGUCCCCAAGCCCCGGCAGGACUGCAACGGCGUGUCCACCUUCUGGAUGGCCAACCCCAACAACAACCUCGUGAACUGUGCUGCUGCAGGGUCCGAGGAGACGGGAUUCUGGUUCAUCUUCCACCACGUGCCGACGGGCCCCUCGGCGGGGAUGUACUCCCCGGGCUACUCGGAGCACAGGCCCCUGGGCAGGUUCCUCAACAACCGAGCCCACUCCAACUACCGGGCUGGCAUGAUCAUAGACAAUGGCGUCAAAACGACCGAGGCCUCUGCCAAGGACAAGCGGCCCUUCCUCUCCAUCAUCUCUGCCAGGUACAGCCCUCACCAGGACGCCGACCCGCUGAAGCCCCGGGAGCCGGCCAUCAUCAGGCACUUCACCGCCUACAAGAACCAGGACCACGGGGCCUGGCUGCGCGGCGGGGACGUGUGGCUGGACAGCUGCCGGUUUGCUGACAACGGCAUCGGCCUGACCCUGGCCAGCGGCGGCACCUUCCCGUAUGACGACGGCUCCAAGCAGGAAAUCAAGAACAGCCUGUUUGUCGGCGAGAGUGGCAACGUGGGGACGGAGAUGAUGGACAACAGGAUCUGGGGCCCCGGAGGCUUGGACCACAGCGGAAGGACCCUCCCCAUAGGCCAGAACUUUCCCAUCCGAGGCGUCCAGUUCUACGACGGCCCCAUCAGCAUCCAGAACUGCACCUUCCGCAAGUUCGCGGCCCUGGAGGGCCGGCACACCAGCGCCCUGGCCUUCCGCCUGAACAACGCCUGGCAGAGCUGCCCCCACAACAACGUGACCGGUGUCACCUUCGAGGACGUCCCGAUCACGUCCAGAGUGUUCUUCGGGGAGCCCGGGCCCUGGUUCAACCGGCUGGACAUGGACGGGGACAAGACGUCGGUGUUCCACGACGUGGACGGCUCCGUGUCCGAGUACCCCGGCUCCUACCUCACCAAGGCCGACAACUGGCUGGUCCGGCACCCGGACUGCAUCGACGUCCCCGACUGGAGGGGGGCCAUCUGCAGCGGGCGCUACGCACAGAUGUACAUCCAGGCCUACAAGACCAGCAACAUGCGGAUGAAGAUCAUCAAGAACGACUCCCCCAGCCGCCCCCUGUUCCUGGAGGGGGCCCUGACCAGGAGCACCCACUACCAGCAGUACCAGCCGGUCGUCACCCUGCAGAAGGGCUACACCGUCCACUGGGACCGCACGGCCCCCGCCGAGCUCGCCAUCUGGCUCAUCAACUUCAACAAGGGCGACUGGAUCCGAGUGGGGCUCUGCUACCCGCGCGGCACCAGCUUCUCCAUCCUCUCGGACGUCCACAACCGCCUGCUGAAGCAGACGGCGAAGACGGGCACCUUCGUGAGGACGCUGCAGAUGGAGAAGGUGGAGCAGAGCCUGCCCGGCCGCAGCCACUACUACUGGGACGAGGCGUCAGGGCUGCUGUUCCUGAAGCUGAAGGCCCAGAACGAGAGGGAGAGGUUCGCCUUCUGCUCGGUGAAGGGCUGCGAGAGAAUCAGGAUCAAAGCUCUGAUCCCCAAGAACGCAGGCGUCAGCGACUGCACGGCCGCCGCAUACCCCCGGUUUGCCGAGAGGGCCGUCGUGGACGUGCCGAUGCCCCGGAAGCUGGUCGGCGCCCAGCUGAAGACCAAGGACCACUUCCUGGAGGUGAAGAUGGAAAGUUCCAGGCAGCGUUUGUCCCACUUUCUGAGCGACCUCGCUUACAUUGAAGUGGAUGGCAGGAGGUACCCCAGCGUGGAGGAUGGCAUCCAGGUGGUGGCGAUCGACGGCAGGCAGGGGCGCGUGCUGGGCCACGCGAGCUUCAGGAGCGCCGUUCUGCAGGGCGUGCCGUGGCAGCUCUUCAGCUACGUGCUGGGCCUCCCCGACAACUCCAUAGUCCUCAUGGCAUCGAGGGGAAGACACGUCUCCAGGGGCCCGUGGACUCGAGUGCUGGAGAAGCUCGGGGCGGACAAGGGGCUCAAGUUGAAAGAGAAAGUGGUGUUCGUUGGCUUCAAAGGCAGCUUCCGGCCCACCUGGGUCACUCUGGACACUGAGGACCACAAGGCCAAGAUCUUCCAAGUCGUGCCCAUCCCCGUGCUGAGGAAGAAGAGGCUGUGAGGACGACUGUCACCCUGGGGCCGCCCUGCGUGGACUGGGACGGUGGACUCUUGGCAGCAGCCCAGGGCAGGGUGGCUGGUCCCUGCACAGCCCCUGUGCACGAAGGCCGUGGGUCCAGGCGGGAGCCAGGGGAAGGACACGCGAUCCCUGGCACCUCUGUCUACCCCAACCCGUGUGCCUGCCUGCAGCCCGGGGAGGUGCUGGAGACCUGUCCUCCCUGAGGUCUCCCGGUGCUUCUCUCCCCGCCGUGCCUCUCCCGCGGGAGGUGUAGGGACCACAUGAGGAGACUGGGCUGCCCUGGCAGCAGGGGCCACUCUGGUGGGGAUGUGGACUAGGCACUGGGCCCUCGCAGACCCCACGCUCCCUGGCCCACACACGGGGGGUGUAGGAAAAGAUGUAGGAGAGCCCUGGCCUCAUGGAAAUCUUCGUCCCAUAAGUGAGAACCAGCCUUCCCAGGAGUAUUGGCGGCGGGACAUUCAGAACUGUGGGGUCAGAACUGCCUGCCCUUGGGGAAGGGGUGAGGCCUGCCUUUUGAGCGGGGUGGUCAACCCGCCAGGAAAUUCCGGCUCCAAGUUGAGAUCAGACUAGGGGACUUAAAAACCUUGUCAGUCUAGAGAGAGAUUCAGGAAGCCUGUGGCUUUACACGGUGCCUGGAACCCAGGAGUGGGUGGGAGCGCCCCUGGGUGGGAGCACCGCUGAUGCUGGGUGCCGGGGCCCACGGGGUGGGGGGCAGGGCCUGGGGAGGGGCCGCAGUCUUCAGGACUGGCAGUCAGGUGCAGGCACCCUGGGACACCAGGCAGAGGUGCCAGAGAGCAUAAAAUGGGGACCAGCACCCAUCCAGAAAGGGAAAGAUUCUACCUGUUCGGGUGAGUCAGGAAGGCUGCAUGUAGGAAGAGGCAGCGGGGCAGCCUCCACUUUGUUCAGACUACCUGCCGGCCCACUCGCGGGCCCACAGCUGCGGCCACUCCGCCGGUGCUCCCCGUUCCGUAGCUCUGCAGGCGCAGCCCAGCACAAAGCAUCGUGCACGCCGGAACAUUCUCUGCAAGCCACCUUGGCUGCUCUCAGGGCCUGAGGGGCCGUGGGGUCCACCCCAGGCCCUGCAGCUACUGCUCAGCCCCCUGCUCUGUCCCCUGCCCCGGGGAGAGAGCCGAGCCGAGAGCCCUUUGAAGAGGGAAAACUACCUGUGGUUUAUGCACUCUCGUGAUGCGCCAGCUCCCUCCCCAGCCACACUUUUUCUGCAGGGAGGGCCCAGCUGCACCCCCCCGAAUCCAUUCCUUAGGUUGAGUCAACUGCCAGAGAGGUUCUGCCACCAAACAGCAGGGUGUUAGAUGCUAGCAGGAGACAAGAGGUAGGAGGUGACAAGAGGGCUCCGCCUCUGGCCACAGGGCAGCCUCCCAGGCCCUGGUGUGGGGGGACCUCUUGUGGGCAGAGCAGUGGAGGGGGAGGCGGGUCACCGUGACCUCACGUUCCUCUCAUCUGCGUCCUGCUCCUCAGUCUCCUCUCGUGCAAGGGUCUCACACUGUGAACCACUCGGGACGCGCUCACCGCAGGAGGCCAGGGAUGCUGACCGUCUGCGGCUCAGCCCGUUUCAGAAAGCGUCUGUUUGGGGAUGCUCAGAACUGUACAUGUGUCCCAGAGAACCUCUGCUAAACCGAGCACCAGCAGCCGACGUCCAGGUGCGCCCUGGGCAGCGGGGACGCUCCUACUGCCCAGAACACGCCUCGUCCCUUCUGUGCGUGAGCAUCAGCACGAAUCAGGCUCCUAAGAAAAACAGCACACUUCUGACAUGCCAGCCUUUCUCCUGUCGCCGAAAUAGCGGGUCCUUUUUCGGGAAUUAGCUGUAUAGUGUGUUUUGUAUGUAAACAUUUCUUGUAGGCGUCACGAUGAACAAAGAUAUAUUUUCUAUUUAUUUAUUACACAUGCACUUGGAGAAGUCCUUGUCAGAGAAAUGAAGAACUGCCUUAAAUGUCGUGUCCGGGAGUCCUUUGACGGCCUGCAGGUGCCCCAGGGCCUCCGCCUGCUCCAGGGCACAGGGCUCUGCUGUUGGGAGCCCUCGCUGCACCACAGUAAACGCACGAAGGAUGCCACCUGUCUGUCUCCAUCUGUCUGUCUGUCUGCCUGCCUUCAUGGCGGGCCUCCUAUCUAAGGAAAUGUGGUUGAUGGCACGCCCGGUGGGUCUGCCUUUCAUUUCCCAGAAUACUCCGGGGCGGGCGGGGGCGGGCAGAGGGGGCAGGCCCCGCCCUCCCGCUGCUCACAGAUGGCGUUGCAGGCGCUCCGCGGCCUCCACCAUCUGUGGAGCGCCCCGUGUGUGCCAGCUCUGUGUGCGCCGUUUCGUUUCCUCUCCGUGACCCCACGCGGCUGACGUGUCAGCGGCGAGUCUGACAUCGGACGGCCCGGCCCUGACUUGAUGAGCUGUGUCUCGGGCACGUGAUUUAAGCGCCUCACCUGAGCCCGUGGGCACUAAUACAAGCCCCCGCCUCAGAGGUCGUGAGGAUGGGGUGAGUGAAUCCAUGGGAAGCUCUGAACAAGCACUCGAUGCCUGUUAACUAUUAUCGUGGUUUCUGGUUUGUUUCGUAGACGAAUAAACAGAAGCUCGUAAGGGUGACAGGCUCGCCAAGGCCUCGCUGGGAAGCAGCAGCGGCACCCUGAGCCGGCUCGCUCCCAGGCGGAACAUAUUGAGUUCAGGUCCCAGCACCGUGGCGCUGGGGAAAUGCUCCCCUUCUCUGAGCCCGUUUCCCUGUGUGGAAGACAGUGUGGCGCCCGCAGCCUCGGGCUGCCGCGACAGUGAGGUGGGCCAGCACA